AUGACCUUCCAUCCACGUUCCUCGCCGGAGCUCUGCGCUGAGACUCGAAGGCCAGGGCCUUUGCCUCUGGGAAACGCAUGGUUGGACUACGCCUGCCGUAUUUCUGAAGGUGCUCUUCCGCCACCGGACCUUCAGAAGUUGCUGAAGGCCCCGUCCAAUGAUGCUGGGAGACUUCUCAGCACGAUCGUCACACCUUCCACUUCAGUCUUCGCUGCAGAGGCGAUGAGAGGAUAUGAACGAAUCUCUUUCCCGGACCUUGGUGGUGGCCCAGAGAUCACGGUGUCGCUGCCGGACCCCGCUUGCAUACCACAUGAGGGGCUUUGCCAUCCGGACAAAGUGCCGGAUCGUGAGGAUGACUUCAUCCAGCUUGGCGAGGCUUUGGAGGUGCUGCUGGCUCGGCCACAGUCUGCCACGAGUGGGUGCACAAGGAGCGAGAGGAGCGAGAGGAGCGAGAGCGAAAGGCUGGACAAGUUCUUCUUCGGGACGCACUUCGGUUCCGAUCAGUUUGACCCGCGUGCCUGGCUGGGACAAGCUGAGGCUGAGAGCCUGGCAUCCGGAAAGCCUUUCCAGUGCGUAUGGCGAUGCAAGAGCUGUCCUGAAGCCUCUUCAGUGUGCUGCCGCCUGAAGCCCAAGAAGCACAGCUGCCUCUGUGGCCACAAGGUGGAUGCACAUGAUCCCCGGCGCAGGUUUCGCUGCACCAUGCCUGCUUGCAAAUGCCGGCGCUUGGAGUUCUACGUGCAGCAGCUCGGCUGGGAAGCCAGGUGCGGUUGCAAACAUCACCUCCGGGACCACAACAAGUCCGGGGAGCCACCGUACCGCUGCACAAAACUCUUGCCCGGCAAGGACAAGAAGCCGUGCCCCUGCAGUGGAUUUCACGUUGCCUGGGUGUGCACCUGCGGGCAUCCGUGGGAAGAGCACGAGACGACCUGGCAAGAAUGCACAUCGACUGCUGUAUUCUCCCGAGAGUGGGUUGCGGGAGGCCUUCGACCUGAGUGCGUGGCUGAGGCAGAGGAGAAGCGCACGCGAUGGAAGCAGGAGGCGGCAGACGUUGCCGAACGCCAUGGCCGGGAUGUUGCCACGAAGCUCAUGGCCGACAAAGCUAAGCGGAUGCAGGUUUCUAUGUGCGCAGAGGCUGGCAUGCGAGAAGCUAUCGAUGAAACACUGGACGGCACACGCUUGCCUCAGCGGAGCCCUCAGCCGUCCCGGCUGCGGAACUCAGCUUUGCAAUCUCGGCCGUGCAGCACACGGGACGCUGCCCUGCGGGUGGUACCAUCUCGGACAGGCAUCAAAAGGUAG